AUGCCACCGCUAUCUCCACCUACACCAAAAGCUGCCCUUAGCCCGAGCCCCAAGCUACUCCAGAACCAGCAGGCUGCAUCUUCGUUUAGCGAGCUGUCUUAUCAGUACAGACCCAUUGAAGAUGCAUCCAUCAGACUUGUUAGAAUACUGCCGGAGAGGAAGACGAUGAUCAAGUGCGAGAUUAUCCAUGUUUCUUUGGAACAGCCUCCUCCUUAUAUGGCUAUCUCGUACACUUGGGGUGAUACGGGUGAUACCCGAAAAAUUGAGAUUGAAGGAUGUUUGAUCCCCAUAGCUGUCAGUCUUCACGGCGCACUGCAAGCACUUCGAAAAAAACACUCAUCCGUGCUGGUGUGGGCAGAUGCUUUGUGCAUCAACCAAAAGGAUCGUGAUGAGCGUAGUCAGCAGGUUCAACUCAUGCCGUUCAUCUAUUCCAAUGCGGAUAGCGUGGCAAUCUGGCUCGGCCCGGAAGAGAACGACAGCGUAAGAGCCGUUAGUUUGCUCGACGCUAUCGCGACUACAGGUGAACCUUUUGGUUCCAGCAAUAUUUCCAAAAUCUUAGCGGCUGGGACCGAAAACGGUGACCUUUUGGCGGUGGUGUCACUCUUUGGGAGGGAAUAUUGGAGACGAUUAUGGGUCGUCCAAGAAGUCUUCAAUGCGAAACGAAUAAUGGUUUACUGUGGCUCGACUCGUCUUGAGUGGAAGAAAUACCAGAGCGCUUCAGUACUAUUCAGCCAACGUCGAGGAGAGCUUAUCUUCAAUAACAAGGACCAACUCAAGAGGCGACUGGCGACUUCACCUGACCAGUUCAGCUAUGUUCAGACGCUCAUUUACCAAGGGCCAGCUAGUCUACCAGACCUCAAAUUCCACAUGUCGGAUGGCGAAGAGGCUCUUCUACAGGUGUUACGAACUUGCCGCAGGAAGCUCGCAUCUGAUCCUAGAGAUAAGCUCUACGGAAUACUUGGGGUCUUACCAGCCAGUAUUCGGGAAGAGUUCCGCGCGGACUACAAUCUCUCCGUGAAGGAUGUGUACACUGAGAUUGUCGACUUUCUUCUUAAGACGACUGAGAAGCUCGACAUUAUCUGCGAAGCGAUCCACUUCCCUGUUCAUACCAGCACCGCUAAUCUUCCAACAUUCGUUCCCGACUGGUCACACGUUCCACAAACGUCGGCAAUGGGCUUCAAAUACAACUUCGCAGCUUCUGGCUCCAGCAAAGCUAUUUGCAGGUUCCGUGACGAACGCCUCAACAAACUUGAGAUUUCAGGGCUCGAGAUUGAUGUUGUGCAGAGCAAAGGUGUCGUCGUCGGAACGCUUUGCAACUUGGGAGAUUAUCUCAUGGCGUUCCUACACUGGAGAGCGCUACUUCUUCAGGCCAUUGAAGGUCGCACUGAGCAGGAAAUACAAAUGGCAGAAGAAUGUUUCGCAGCGACGAUAUGUCUCGGGCAAAUCCCAUCGGAAUAUGACCGAGGCCGAUGGCAGGCAGAAAUUUACCAUGUCUUUGCGAAUCUCUUUCGCGACCGUCUACCAUACAUCAGACUCGAUGACAGACUAGCGUACUGCUUGAAAUCUCCAUCCGAGGUUAAAGCUGAGAUGAGGCGGCACUUUUUACAGAUUCAUUUUGGAGAUCGUAUGAUGGGGAGAUGUUUCUGUCUUACACAGAAUCGUCGGCUUGCGAUGGGAUCGGGGUUCAUGCUUGCGGGUGAUAUAAUUGUCGUGCCGUUGGGUUGUUCGACGCCGAUAUUGUUGAGGGCUGAGGGGACGCAGGGUGAGUAUAGAUACGUGGGCGAUAUAUUUAUUGAUGGGUAUAUGUUUGGCAAAGCUGUUGAUCAAUGGCAGGCUGGGAAGAGGCAGUUGAACAAGUACAUACUUCACUAA